AAGAAUCCUGGUGUCCGUGUGCAUUCUUGCUGGUGAGACGACCACGUGGGCAACAACUGGUGCCGAAACCCGGGACACCGGGCUACUGACCAUCGUCGGUGCUGAGGAGACCCCCCACCACGGGGAGGAUUCAGAACUGCAGUCUCAGGAACUAGAGGCUUUGGGACUUUCCAGUUCCGAUUCAGAGGGACUUUCCCCUUCUGAGGAGGAGGAUCUAGAAGAGGAAGCAGCUCACUAUGAGAGAGAGAGGUACCACCCAGAAGAGCGGCCGCCCUGGAAAAAUCGAAAGCAAAUAAAAGCAGGAAGUCGGGGUGCUGUCUCUUCUCGGCCCGCUGCUUCUGCCACUCCCUCUGCUCCCCCGCCUUAUUCCCUGGGUGGAGGCUCUAAGACAUUUAUGUCCUCCCAGGCUCGAAGGCAAAUUUCUCUCGAGUACCCUGUAUGGGAAAAUGUUGAAGGAGGACGCACUCAUGUAGCCGUAGAUUACCCUCAGAUCAAAGAGCUCGCAGAAUCUGUCAAUAAAUAUGGUAUAGAUGCUAAUUUUACCAUUAUGCAGCUAGAGAGACUUGCCACCGUGGCUAUGACUCCUAAUGAUUGGGAGACCACUAUUAAAGCUGCCUUACCUAACAUGGGUCAGUAUAUGGAAUGGCAGGCACUAUGGUAUGACGCCUGUCGAGCUCAAGCUCGGACUAAUGCCUUGGAAGUGGGUCCCCAGAGAGAAUGGACCUUUGAUCUCUUAACAGGACAAGGUCAAUAUGCCAACAAUCAGACCAACUAUGAAUGGGGAGCUUAUGGGCAGGUUUCAACCACUGCUAUUAGAGCUUGGAAAGCACUUUCAAAAAAGGGGGAACCCACAGGUCAUUUAACAAAAAUAAUUCAAGGUCCUCAGGAGCCUUUUGCUGAUUUCGUGGCCUGAAUGACGGAAUCAGCAGGCAGGAUCUAUGGUGAUCCGGAAUGAGUUAAGCCAAUGAUAGAACAAUUAAUCUAUGAAAAUGCUUCCCCCGAAUGUAAAGCAGCUAUCCUCCCAAGGAAAAAUAAGGGAUUAACAGACUGGAUAAAAAUCUGCCGAGGACUGGGAGGACCUCUUACAAAUGCUGGUUUAGCGGCAGCUAUUUUACAAAGCAGAAGCCAAGGUCAAUCAAAGAAUUCUAGGGUUUGUUUCAACUGUGGAAAACCUGGACAUCUCAAACGAGAAUGUCAGACUAAACAGCAGAAAAAGAUCCCUGGUCUCUGUCCAAAGUGUAAAAAUGGACGCCAUUGGUCCAAUGAGUGCAGGUCGGUUAAGGAUAUUCAAGGAAAAAGUAUUUACCAUGAUGCCCCAGCUGAGGAGAAAAAUGAAACUAUUCCAAAAAACGGGCCUCUGGGCCCCAGGUCUCAGGGCCCAAAAAGAUAUGGGACACAGAUCAACCCCAGGGGGACUUAUGCGGCAGCCGAGUCACAAGAGGCUCCGCAGGAGUGGACCUCCGUGCCACCUCCCAAUUCUAAUUAG